UAGUAUUCUCUUUGGUCCUAGUGCAUCCACACAGGAUUUACUAAAUUGACUCGACAGCUUGUGGGCCCUAGAUAGCUAGAUUGACCAAGAAAGAGGUUUUUUUAUCAGUAAGGCAUCAUGGCUGACAUGAAAAUAAAGCUCAUCUACUUUGACGGACGGGGUCGUGGCGAGAUCAUUCGUCAAAUUCUAGCUUUUGGUGGGAUUGCCUUUGAGGACAUCAGAAUCCCCAUGGAAGAAUGGGAUGAUUACAAGAGCAAGACUCCUUGGGGCCAGUUGCCGAUUCUGGAAUUUGAGGGUGUCACCAUCGCUCAGACCAUGACCAUUUGCCGCUUUGUGGCCAAGAAAGCCGGAUUGGCCGGAAUCAAUGCCUUGGAGCAAGCACAGAUGGACAUGGUGGCGGAUAAAUGCAACGAAUAUACAACUAAGCUCUUCGAUAUUCACGACCUUCCAACAGACGAGUUAAAGGCCAAGGCAUCAAAAAAGAUGUUGGAUGACUACGUUCCGAUGUUUUUGAAGAAUUUAGAUUCCUUGUUGGAGAAAUCUAGCAAUAAAUUCAUAGGCGGACCUGUGCCCGGGUAUGCUGAUAUUAUUUUGGCUGAAUGCAUAAAUGGAUUAAGCGAUCCAAAGGAUCCGUAUAUUCAUUCCUUGAUGGGUGAUUCGCGGUUAAAACUCGUGGACAAGUAUCCGAGGAUUAAGGAUCUCACGGAGAGUGUGAGAAGCGCUCCAGCAUUGAAGUUAUAUUUGGAUGCAAGACGCGAUUCCGAAAAAGAAGAAUUCUAAAUCGUUCAGCUGUAGCUCAUAGAGCGGAAAUAUGGCUCAGAAUUUAUUUUAAGAACUUAUGAAAAGAUUAACGGUCAAUAAAUACUUUGAUGUAUAUGUGUCAAACUGGAA